AUGCCAGGAACCCGCCGCUACCCCCCAGACCGAAUCCGGUACGCCACCUACAUCUGGCCAGCAGAUUGGCAACCAGAAGCAACAGCAACCUCAACAUCAACCUCAAUAACAUCAUCUAAUCACUACGACCUACAACAACAACAACAACAACAACAACAACAGCAGCAGCAACAAAAUUGCGCCUGCUGCAUCCGCCCCUUCUCAUACUACUACGUAACACCCAGCCCCGAAGCUUUCCAACGCCACCGUUUCGUUCUCUCCCGCUGCGAACAGCUCGAUCCUUCGCUUCUCCAUCGUCACGGCUACAGCCAACUCAUAAGCGACGCCACGAGCGUAGUUCUCUGGGCGAUUUGGAGCAAUAUCGUUCAUGAUGCAGAGUUGGUGUACAUGAGCGUCGAUUAUUUUUGUUGUCCCAACGGAACCCUUCCCCUUCACCUCCCGCCCGCCCAUCAAAACCGGACCGCCCUACAGCGACGUAGUUCAGUACUUCCUCUGUCGCCCUGCAUGCGACGACGGAUUGAAUUCAUGUUUAGAAGUGGCAGUAGCAGGUACCACACCCGCUGGAAGAUGCAGCAGGCCAUUCGGGACAUCUUCACCGGAGGAGGACAGGGGUAUUUGGUGGGUUAUGGCGGGAAUCCAAAUUGUGUCUGCGGAGGCACUGGGGUGAACUUGACUACGAGAGUGCACAUGCCGUUGGUGGUUCCAAAUUGUGCGUGUUUACUACCCUGGCCUGGUACCCAACUACGUAACUUGUCGGAGGGAUACAUUGACCGACAAAGUACUAGUAGAACAGUGUCUUUCAAGCAUUUGAUUCUCGUCAGCAAGACUGCAACGUCAAUCCGUGUACUUGCAAAUGGAUGA